CGCAGUCAGUCGCGUGGCAGACGUAGAGGGGGUGGUGUGGUCAGUGCGGUGAGUGGGCUCGGAGUUACUUGAUAAAGUGAGCGGCUGUAAGAGCCCUGGAAUUGAGGCGAACAGUGCUGAGCGGUGCGCUUCUACCGGGCGAAACGGAACGGAGGCAGAGAGGAAGGAGCGGCUAUUUGUGGAUGCACUUCAGGGAGGUGGAGGCGUUCUCUGCCGGCCAUGACCCGGCCCGGCCAUGAGUGACCUGGCUCUGGAGCAAUGGGAUGCGGACUGAGCAAGUCCUCCGACUCAGACAGCCCAAAGCAGAAACGGCGCAAGGGAUCCAAGCGUCGCGGCAGUGUAUCGGCGGCUGAUGUGUCGGCCGACGACACCAGCGUCGGCGGCGAAGUCGUCAACGACACCAAGAAGGCCAAGAACAGCCGCACGCCCGUCGUCGCCACACCCGUCCUCAAUCAGACUAAGGUCCUAUCUGCCAGCCAACUGGAAUUCUUCCGGCAGCUCGACCAGAAAAUCGAACAGGGCCAGGACCUGGACCCCGCUCAGGCUGAGGAGGAGACCCGGGCGCGGAUGGCCCUGCUGCUACAGCACUGGGACGAGGUGAUCCACUCCCGUCCGGGCACCACGCGGCCGCGGCCGUGCUCCCUCGCCUCCAGCUACUCGAGCUCUCUGCUGGCUAACGGAGCGGCGCAGCGCGGUGCGCCGCUGCCGCCGGCCGCCGAGGGAGCCGAGGACACCCGCGACGGACCGCGACUCGAGCGCAACGUGCGCAGCAGUCGGCGCUCCAUGCGCAGCGCGCGCGCUGACUCCACCGAGGAGAGCGCUCCUGCUCCCUCGGCGGCGGCGGCGGGCGCGGCCACCGUCCCCGCCGCGCCCGCGCUCGACGACAACCAGCUGGUGACCAAACUGAUCCAGCUCGGCGACGCGUACGUGCAUGACCUGGACGCCGACGAUCCAGACAGCUUUGUGAGGCUGGGCCGGCGCUCGAGCAACUAUGAGGAGCCGGCCAUCCUGGAGGAGUCCGAGGCGGCGCACGCGCGCGGCGAGUACGGAAAGUCGAGCCUGGUGCUGCGGACGGUACUCGAUGAUAAGGUCCACUAGUCAGCCGAGUGUGCGCGCGGCCACAGGCGCAGAACGGCACGUGCUCUGUUCGAGUGGCGGUCGUAACAGGGCCAGUGCGAUGUGAUUUGAUGUGUCGAGACGGUGCCCGUUCGAAGAUGGAGUCUCUCUGAAGUGUAAAAGAUUGACCGCAUAUUGUGGUACGUGCGGGGGCGACUGGUCUGUCGUGGACAGUGGAUCGGGGCCGCCAUCGGACGGUGCUGCCACCUUCGGACGUCUAGUCGCCGCCACCGCCGCCACAGCGGCUGGAACGGCGGUCCUGGAGGCAUUGUGGCUCGGGGAGCCGCCCCCUGGCCGAGUGUCACUCCCACUGCCCUUCUUGCGUCCUGCCCUCCCCCGUCGGAGGGCGGUACCUACCCGGUGAACGCGUCGUUAUUUUGUGGAGGAAGCGGCGCUCACCGAGAGGCGUGCGAAGAGCGGUCGCAUGUUGUGUUUGUUCCUGUGAGUGUGUGGAGGGCGAAGUCGGUCGCAGGGCGGUGAUGCCCCGCGAGCCGUGUGUCCUGUGUGUCGCUCGAGACGAUGGUCAUACGGCCGAGGGGUCCGAUUGCUGGGAAAAUCGCAGCAGUGAUAUCAGUCAGAUGUGUUAGAUUACGAAAAUAAAACCAUUGUUAAACGGGUGCAUAACUGAAUCAGCACGGUGUUCAAAAAGCGGCAUGACGUUAAUCCCAGUCACUUACAUCUACGCUUGUUCACAGUAAACCCGAUUGUUGGAAUGCGCCUUGAGGUCAGGUGUUCGUAAAAUGCGCUGGGCUUUGGUUUGCUGUUCGUAAAAAGCACUGAUACUUGGAAACUACGGGAGUGAGCAACAUGAAACUACGUGUCAUUUUGCCGACUACAUAUUGACUACUACAUUUUGUAUGACCGAUGACGGCUGACGAGUGACUAUUUGUUAAUUGCGAUAUCAUUUAUAGGUACAGAUCAUCGGAGGGCAUAACAGAUGAACUGAAAAAAACAGUUUCAAUAGGCAGGGUUUUCAUGCGGAUGUGCAAUAAACAAGUUAUGCUGAAA